CAAACUCCUCCUCCAAAUUACCCUCCUCUGGCUUUACCUGCAUCUCCUUCUCCAUGUGACCUUUCCUCAGACCCACCCACUCUCACCUGGAGCUUGGGCAGUUCCUGCUUCCAUUCAGGAAACAUUCAUUUUCAGUUGGUUUCCUCUCCCUGUCCAACUAGAUGGCCAUGGAAUGAAGCUUUUUAUCUAUUUACCCUUCAUCUACUGGACAGUUGGGUGACCUUCCCACUGUUCCCACUUGUCUUAUCUAGAGUGGGCAAACAGGAUUUUUGGGGGGAACAACUUGGUGCUUCCGUCCAGUUCAGCGUACCUGCUUUCCACCCACGAUUUCCGCACAGGGCCGUCAUGUGGAGUUCUCUAUGUCUUCUAUUGCUGUUCCAAGCUGUAGCCCAUGGCCUCUCUGUUUCCCUCCAGAGGCACCCCAGUCAUCAGCAGGCUCAGGAGGAUCAAGUGUUCCUAGAUGACUUGACUGCACACAGAUUCCUGGGCCGUAAACUUCUUUAUAAUCACUGGGAUUUUGAGUUAGUCGUCCCGGACAACCUGGAGCGUGAGUGCAUCGAGGAAGUUUGCAACUACGAAGAAGCCCGAGAAGUCUUUGAGGAUAAUUUCAAAACAGAGCAGUUCUGGGAAACCUACCCACACAAUGGGAAAGGAGGAGCAGGAACCCCUGGCGUGGACGUAGCUGGUUUGGUAUCUGGCCUCAUCGCAGCAUUGUUUUCUCUGGUCAUGUUUGCAGUUGUGGCCUUGUAUUGUUUCAGAUACCGGGCUAAAGAGAGGAAUCGGUCCAGGACUGAAGACAGCUUGCAUCCUGGGGUGCCCCUCGCCAGCUUUGAUGGGGCUCCAAAGCCUGAAACAGCACCAGGGCUUCCAUCCUAUGAGCAAGCGAUGGCAGCUCCAGGUGUGCAUGAUGCACCCCCUCCACCCUACAACAGGAGUAGCGACACCAACUUGGCCCCACCAACCUGAGUUGUCAACAGCAAGACUGACAUUCCUGGAAGAUUUAUUCCACAUCCCUCACUCCCCCCACUCCCAUGUACAAAAAACAUUGUGCAUAACAUGCAACAAAGCUGAGGUGGGGGGACAGCACAAAUCUAAACACGUGACAUGGAAGUAGACAACCCAGUGUGUAUAUUAGAUACAAGUAUGUGCUUUAUGGAGAGUGUGUGUCCAUGUGCAGAGCACAUAAGAAUAUCCUGCAUGUUGUUUGAGAAACAAAUACCUGAAAUUGCAAAUGUGAAUAAUAUUUCUGAUUUUUCCUUUGUUGUUGUUGUUGUUGUGUGCUGUCAGGUCACCUCCAGUUUAUGGUGACCCUAUG